CGAUUUACAUGUAUAUAGCGAGUUAUAUAAUAGCUAAUAUAAGGUCAUAAAAGUGGCUGUAUGUAGCAGGGUGCAAGUUGAAUGUCAAAUUUGCAGUGUGGUGUGCACUUACGUGUACCUCCACCUUUGCUAUUGUACAUGUACAUGCACAAUAUAUUAUGCAUGUACAUGUUACAUCGUAAGUUACAUGUAACACCAGCAAUACUCUUCAUUGAUCAUGGAAAUUGGUAUUUAAUUUAAUUUAUGGAACCAAAGAUUCAGGUUUGUUUAAAUUGAUAAUUUUGUACUGGCAUGUCUUUUCAUGAGCAAAGUGGAGAUCUCCAAUAAACCAAAAUUUGAGAGUGACACAGGAACCCCAAAAUUUGGCCUCACCGCCUCACUUUCUCUCGUCACCGGGAAUUACACUACAAUAUGUUCAUGAAAAUUGGUUAGUUUUGCCUUCUGUAGUUUCUAAUUACUGUUUGAAUUUGCAUAUCGAAGGCUUAGUGCCGCGCCCGUGCAUUCCAAGGUGAUUUGUCGGUUCAUUUGUUUUAGACGGAAACAUAUAUUGCCAAUUGUUUUUUUUAUAUUUUACUGGUAUUGCCGUUCUGCGUCACCAGCUUCGGGGGGGUUGGGGAAACUAUCUCCGUAAAUUGCUGAGUAGCAAUGCUUGGAUUGUGUCACCACCUUCGGGCAGGAACAACCUGAACUGUAUCAAGUUCAAUAACGGCAGCUCAGACCAAUUCACAAAGUUAGAAUAGUAAUACUGAAGGAAGUGGACCUGCUGGAGAAAGCUGUCCCCAGAACAGGCAAGAAGUGGACAAAUUUGACCCAGAAGUUUAAGGUUCGAGGUUCACGCGCAAUUAUAUAUGAUCGUGAGAAAAGGCUUGGUCAGCUGAGCUAGACGUCUUGUUCUGCACCGCCAUCCUUGUUGAUUUCUACACGUACACCUGCGUCGAGCAAUCUGUAAUCGUCAAAAUGUCUUCACCGCCUCAGGCGAAAAUUCCAGCCAAGAUGGACAUUGUGUGUGUACAGGGCGUGUGGUGGCCAGAGUUAGUGACCGAACAAUCCCUAAAGGCCGUUAAAACUUUCGAGGUUAGAGACGAUGACGUGUGGGUCGCAACAUGGCCGAAAGCAGGUACUCAUUGGGUUGCUGAAAUCUGUCACCUUAUCUUUCACAAUGGUGACGUGGAUAAGGUUGAUAGAGCGCAGCAGCCGAUGCCAUUGGAGUUUGACGUCAAACCAGGUGACAAUAGACUCCCCCGCUACAGGGCUGCGCCAUCUUGGAAGUCUCCUCGCGUUCUGGUCACCCACGUUCCCAAGAGAUUCCUCCCGGACCAACUGCUGGGGGGCAAAGGAAAGGUGAUCACUGUCAUCCGAAAUCUCAAGGAUUCGCUGGUUUCCAAUUACUACUUUGUUAAAGGAUGGGACCCGGAAUCCACUCUGACCUUCGAAGAGUACCUGCAGAAGUAUCUGUAUUCAGGACAAGUCUCCUUCACGCCUUGGUUCGAUCACGUGGCCGAGUACUGGUCUGAGCGGCACAGCCAGCAGUACCUGCUUCUGAAGUACGAGGACAUGAAGGCGGACACGCGUGGAGCUGUCAUUCAGAUCGCCGACUUUUUAGGCCGCGUCCUUUCGGAUGAGGUGAUCGACAAAAUUGUCGGCUUGGUUACCGUGAAGAGCAUGAAGGAGCGGUACAACGUUGCUGGAGAGCUGGCGGCGCCAGGAACAGGGAUGGCAGGCAAAGUUGGCGCGCCCAACCUCAUGCGAAAAGGUAUUGUUGGAGAUUGGAAGAACACCUUUACUGUUGCACAAAACGAGAAGUUUAACGAAUGCUACCGAGAAAAGAUGGCCGAUUCGGAUCUGAGACUGGGCUUCUUGUAAACACGGACCAAAAAGGUCGUCCUAGAGAGAGCUGCCGACUGAAGGGAACAGAAUAUUUACACUUUUGAAGGACACGUUCGACCACAAGCUGAAGUUUACCACGGUACCACUUUUUUAUUAGUAAUCAUUUUUGGUAAUGACACCAAGGAUUCCUCAAAAACACCCAAGGCACUGUAGCUUGCAAACCUGAAGAAACCUGUGGAGUG